AUGAGCAUCGUCAUUUCAUUUCGUCGACGCUCGUGGUUUCGUGCGCUAUACCUGUUGAUUGGUUUCUUCGUGUUACGCUGGGUCUUCUUCUCUCCGGAAAGCGACACUGAAAUCACACGUCACAAUGUCCUAGAGCGUGUCACGGGCGGCUUUGAUAAGGUCUUGGACGUGCAGAAAUAUCCAUGGUUGCAGAUGAGGAUAGGCAGGGAUGAAUCUCCGGAUAUGCUCAGUGACUUUGUGGAUGAUAGUACCAAGGACUUUUGGAAUCGCUUUCAGCUUCCUUUUAUGGACAAUCCGGACACUUCUCACAUCGAUGCUCAAGCUGUUCGUAGUGCCAUUGAGGAUCUUCUUGGGCUGAAUGGCUGGGUUGCCGCUGCAUGCCCGACAUUGAGUCGUCCGUUUGGUCAAAACAAGCGUGACGGAGCUUUUGAAGAGCUUUCUGGACCCGGGCACCUCUACUACAUCGCUAUCGUCGUUCAUUCAGCAGAUCACUUCCUAGUGGAUCAAAUGGCGACCAUAAUCCAGCUUGCUCGCCGCUUGGGCACAAGGAAUAUCUUCGUUUCUAUGCUUGAUUACAACUCGCGAGACUCCACGGAAACUCUCACGGAUCUAGCCGAAGCCGUCAUGCUACUUCUCAGCAUUCCAUUCCGAAUCCGACGCGUGCCUCCUAUGACAGAGACAGAAAUAGCAGCAUAUUAUCCGGGCGAAGAAGCAUAUGCUCGCAACCUUGCAUUGGAGCCGCUACAUGAGCUCAAAGCCAAGCGCAAUAUCAGGUUCGAUAAAGUCAUUUGGCUGAAAGGUUUCACCUGUCCGAACGAUAUCCUGGAGAACCUAAAGGUUAGCCAAGAAAAUCGCGCAGCUAUGACUUGCGGGAUGGAUUGGGCGGAGAGCAACGGAGCGUUCAUCUUCUCAGAUCGUUGGAGAACAAGAGACAUGGUUGGUGAUCAAUUCCGUGCAUCCCGAUCAUCUGCACCAAGUCCACCUCCCCGAGAGGAAACUGCCGCCGAACGAUAUGCCAAACAUCUCCCUUUCCAAGUGUUCUGCUGCGAAUCGGGUACUCACAUCGUUGACCCCGCGCAAACGUACUACCGCAGCAUUAAGUACCGAUACAGCAAAAAUUUCUUCAAUACCACGAUGGAAGAGGAUCGAGGCCAAGCUCCGGACCGACGACCGGAGGACGAGUGCAUGGAUUCUACACAGGCUUGGUUCUGCCGGGAUAUCUGGGUGGAAGCCGCAAGAGCUGGGAUGGGAGUUGUGGACCAGCCAAAGAAACCGCCCGUUUUGCCCGUUGACGAGAAGAAUACUCCAAAUAACCCCCCAAGACGAUGGAUAGCCCCUCGAGAUGAGGCUGAGCCGCCCCAAGAGAAUGAGAAAGAGAAACCGGAUAACAUCAGGGAGAUGCCUAAGGGACCACUGGACAUGCCUCCAAAACCAGCUUCGGGUGCAAAAGACGCAGACGCGAACGUUGGAUCUGACUACGAUGCAAUGCCACAAAACCCCAACACACCUUCACUUCUUGAAAGUCAUGAAGGGCCAUUAAAUGUACCCAACUCUGAUUUCGAACCGGCACGAGUCAUCAUCAAUCCUCGAUGUGUUACCACAUAUGCCGGUGUCUCUCAUACGAAACUUGCGAUUGACCUUUUCGGGUCAGAUGAUGGAGGAAUGGAAGAAUAUGAUCGUUCAAAUUAUCUGAUAGAAGAGUGGAAGGCGGCUCCGGAAUACUUCAUCUGUCAGGAACAACAAACUACCGGUGGUCGAAAGGCUCCAAAGAAUCAACGUUCGUCAACGUUCUCAAUAUACGAGCGAUUGGCACAAUAG